AUGGCACAUAUUUCUAACCUUGCAACACGUGCUUCAAAUAUCACAGUAUUUGUGUACAAUCAUACGAUUUUCUUAUCUUGGCUAAGAAAAAGAACUCAUUGGAGAGAAAUUGUACGUCCUGGUGCAACCUGUUUUGCAACUGUGUUUAUCACAUUGAAGAGCAUCUUUGAUCGUAAAAAGGAUUUGCAAGCAUUGGUUGUAGAUUCAAUUUUCAUUGAUCACAAAUUAGGAAGGAAUGCUACUGGAAUGCUAAGGGCAGAAGAUACAAUUAAAGAGAUGUUUAGGCAAUCCAAGACUGCAUAUCAGCCGUACACAUAUAUUAUCAACUCAAGAUGGGACAAACAUUUGAAGAAAGAUCUUCAUGCGGCAGCUUACUUCCUGAAUCCUAAAUUCUUUUUUAAUGAAAAUUAUAAAGAAGCACAUGAUGUUAUGCGAGAUUUGCUUGAUCUUGUUACCUUGUAUUGCAAGUGUAACAAUUUGGAUUCAGUUCAGGCAAUGAAAGAAAUACAUUUAUAUAGAGAUCGGAAGGAAAGUGUUGAUAGACCAGAAGCUAUUCGAGCUGCAUCUGAACUUAAGCCUGAUGAAUGGUGGAGGUUAUUCGGAGGCUCUGCUCCAUGUUUACAAAAGAUAGUUGUUCGCAUUCUUAACCAAGCAUUUGCUUCUUCUGGGUGUGAGAGAAAUUGGAGUCUUUUUUACCAUAUUCAUACAAAAAGAAGAAAUAGAUUGGAGCAUGAUAGACUGAAUGACAUUGUUUAUGUUACCUAUAAUUUGCGUCUUAAAUUCAGGAAGGAAAAAGAAAAAAGAAAGCAGAAGACACAAUAUGAUCCAAUUGAUUAUGAAAGCAUCAGUCUAGUUAACUUUUGGGUGACUGAAGAGGUUGUAGAGAAAGAGCCUGAUCUUCCUAGUAAUGUGGAUGACUUAUUGCGUGAAAUUGAUGCUGAUUUAUACCAAAGCGACGGUGGUAGUAGUGGUCUUCAUGCUGCAUCUCUUGAUUCUUCUGCUCAAGAGGUGGGAAUGAAGGUGAAGAUCAUCCCACCGAAGCAGAUUUGCAACAAGUUCUUGUGGAUUUUGAUGAUUGAUAAACCAUGA